AUGACUAAAUCCUUUCAACUCUCCGUCACCGUUCUAUGUAUUGUCACCCUUCUAUGUAUUUGUAAUAUAGGGAUGGCAAUGGGACAGAGAAUGGUACCGGUACGUUGUCAUGACAUGCUAACAUGGGGAGAGUGUACACCCGUCAACUGUGCCUUUGUAUGUAUACUCAAGAGACAAGGCAAGGGUGGCUGCAUUCAAGCAUACGACAAUCGCCCCGCUUGCGUCUGCUAUUAUACUUGCUUACGCCCCGACCCUAGCUCUUAA